CUAAAUCGAACGAAACCAUGUCUGGACGCGGAAAAGGCGGAAAAUCCAAGACGAAGGCAAAGACCAGGUCUACGCGUGCGGGACUUCAGUUUCCCGUCGGUCGUAUCCACCGUCUGCUGCGCAAGGGCAGUUACGCCGAACGUGUUGGGGCUGGGGCCCCCGUGUACCUUGCUGCCGUCCUUGAGUACCUCGCCGCUGAGGUCCUGGAGUUGGCUGGCAACGCCGCCCGUGACAACAAGAAAACCAGGAUUAUCCCUCGACAUUUACAGUUGGCCAUCCGUAACGACGAGGAAUUAAAUAAGCUUCUAUCUGGCGUGACCAUCGCCCAAGGUGGUGUCCUACCCAACAUCCAGGCUGUCCUUCUGCCUAAGAAGACCGAGAAGGCCCAGGCUUAAGACUCUCGUAAUUGAAAAAACGGCCCUUUUCAGGGCCACCAGAUGUUAUAGGAUCAUAUAUUAGAAGCAUUCUUUAACAUUUCUUUAAUCGAUUUAACAUAAUAUAUUUAUAUAGAUCGUAUCUGAUAAGUGACAGGAUGCUAUAUAAACGCGGCAUUUACUUCUCAAAUAGCAAACAAAUGCAUUCGAUCCUGCACAAUAAUCCCAUGGUAAUUAAUAAUCUCCGUAAAUACCUCUGCUGAACACCAGGGCUUUUCUGGUCAACAAAACUAGGAAUGAUCUCUUUAGUCUACACAAACGGCCUUUUACAGGAUUGCUUGUCUGUUCGAAUAAAACCAUGUUUUGUAUCUUCUAAAUUAAUUUUAAUAUCGUUUCAGUAGAUUCACGCUUAAUACGUGGGUUAAAUGAAAUGACAUAGGAAACAUUUAUUAUCCGUCAUCCAAAGUCUUUGUCGUGCGUAUAUAACCUGCUAAACGCAUACUGUUCGUCUUGGUUACCCUUUGAUACAUUAUUUAAUCCAAGAAAACCCUACGGACGGUGACAAAAGGUCGUUAAGUCAUGUUUGAUUACAUCCAAAGCUUUUAUACGUGUGUAUCUCAUGAAUGACGUUCUCUUAAAAGAUCUAAAGGACACUAGUAGUCUCCUCGUAGAUUAGACCAGAGAUACGCUUGACACUACCACGGUAAGCCAAGCGGCGGGUAGCGGGUUUAAAAACACCCUGAAUAUUAUCACGAAGAAUCUUUCGGUGACGCUUAGCUCCUCCCCUUUCAAGGCCCUUCCCUCUUUUGUCGCGGCCAAAGACGUUGCUUUUUCACUCAACUACAAGCAGGAUGUUUCUGAGGACGUGUUACGCUUUAUGGUUAAUCAAGGCACCAUGUGUGCCGAUUUAACUGCCGCUAGUAUUUUUUUCCCCGCCAAAAACGAUGUAGGUAUUCCCUUAUUUGGUAUUUUGAAACGCUUUGGCAUACUUAAGGGACGCGAUCACCAACCAAGUGGUCACGUGGCUGAAUUCAAAUCUUUGUUCGGCGACCGUUAAGGUUGCGUAGUUUAUGUACACCAGCGUAGAGUAAAAUAAGGACUGGUUAAGCUAUUUUUGAGAAGGGCUAUAAUAAGCGCUUAUACUUAUAUCGUGUGGCUAUAAUUUGCUGCAGCAGUCGUUUGAUUUAUUAGGUAUAAGACAUGUGGAUAAAUCUUCUUUUUUAGCUUCUGGCUAAUUUAACCGGGUUCAUGAAAGUGGGUUUUCUGGUGUUUAGUAUAAGGGUUUUCGUAUCAUGGAUGAUGAGGCGGGGGUUUCUUAUAGAUUUUUCAGAUAUCUCUAAUGAGUCGUUCCUUGCCAUGGAACGACUUUAUUUAAAAUUUGCCAACUAUACUCGGACUCGCGAUAUCUCCAAGUUCACCCCAAAAUUUUGUGUGUCGAACCUAUAUUCUCAAGAAUUUAUAGGUUCAGCCAACUUUAUGUUCUAUAUUAUAUUUACCAUUACGUGAACUUGGAGUAUAAAGUUUUGAAAAUUAUAUCAAUAAAUUUAGUAGCUUCUAAGUUCUUUUUGAGCGGAACAAUAUUUUAUUAUCAUAUAAGCAAUGUUCUAUAUAAAAAUAUUCUCAAAUAGGUGAGUUAAAGUAUUUUUGUGCGGGCUAAUAUAAAUGUGUAAAUAUUUGUGAAAUCAACUUGUGCCAUGAGUGAUGAACAAAUAUCUUGGAUUCAAACUUUUUCGGCAUUCUCUUCAUGGCAUUAUCUAUUUAAUGCUUACCCGAUCUUUCUCUACUAGAUUAAUGUCCAAAUCACCGUAGGUUUAUCAUGUAUCCUGCGCCACCUGACACGACUCAGGAAAGAAAAUCAGCUCUUCGUCAUUACCGCUAUUAAAUAGGCAAAUUGUUCAUUUUGAUUGGAACACGCUGCAAUAUAAAACGCAUAUUAAAGAAUUUGUUCCAUUCAUUUUUCUAAUACGCGAUUCAUUCCACAAUUUUAUGGUACCUAAAAUAACCUAAGUAGAAAAACCACUAAUUUUAUUAAAAACAUCAUUAAAAUUCAUAAAGAAUCGUUGAGUAAAAUAUCUAAACAGCAAAAUGUUAGUUAAACAUAGACAGAAUACAAGCAAAACGGUAUAGCACAGUUCAUUUCAAAAGUUUGAAUUAGGAAGUUUGUGAGAAAAGACCAACACACACAUGUAACAAAAAUCUAUCUCAAAAUACAAAAAAUCCGCAUUUUUUACUAUAACAGGCUCGGCAUUCA